AUGUCGAGCCAUCCACCCGUGGACAUACCCGAGUCCUCGCAGUCGCUUCCUGAAAAGGACCCGCCUGAAGUCACGGUAAACGACGAGUCUAGAGCUCCUGAAUAUCCGGAUGGAGGUGUGAGAGCCUGGGGAGUGGCCUUUGGCACUGCUGGAAUCAUGUUUUCCACUCUGGGCUACGUGAACUCAUGGGGUGUUUACCAGGCAUACUACCAUACUCACCAGCUCCAUGACGAGUCUGCCUCCGCGAUUUCCUGGAUCGGCUCCCUCCAGUCGUUCUUUCUUUUCGGAUCCUCCCUCGUCGGUGGCCCACUCUUCGAUCGAUAUGGCGCGAAGGUCAUCUACCCGCCGACGCUUGUAUUCGUGUUUACGAUCUUCAUGACAAGCCUGUGCAAGGAAUACUACCAGUUCAUGCUUGCACAGGGCGUUCUCGGCGGUGUCUCGCAGGGUCUCAUUAUGUCACCUGCUAUGGCAGCAACACCCCAGUACUUCAACAAGAAGCGCGGCACGGCCAUGGGUAUCGCUGUUGCAGGGUCAUCCAUUGGCGGCGUUAUACUUCCGAUUGCUUUGAAUAGGAUGCUCACCAAGACUAAUCUCGGCUUUGGGUGGUCUGUUCGCAUAGAAGCCUUCCUCAUUCUGGGUGUCCUGGCCGUUUCCUGCCCUCUGGUUAGGGCCCGGGUGCCCCCGCGGAAGAGCAACUUCUUACUGCCGCAAGCAUUUAAAGAGUUGCACUAUACCUCUCUUGUUAUAGGUGCAUGGUUCACUUUCCUCGGGCUUUAUCCCCCACUCUUCUAUCUUCCAUCAUACGGGAUUGCCCAGGGAAUGAGUCCGACGCUUGCCUUUUAUCUCAGCGCCAUCCUCAAUGCCGCCUCGUUCCCUGGGCGUAUCAUCCCUGCAGUCCUAUCCGAUAAAUUCGGCAGGCUCAAUACUUUUGCCGGUGCUGGAAUAACCACGGGUGUACUCACAUUGUGCUGGCAGCGGGUAGUGGGCAAUGCCGGGGUUAUCGUCUUCACCGCGUUAUUUGGAUUCUUUUCCGGGGCGAUCAUCUCUGGUUCAACCGUUGCUCUCACAUCGUGCACCAAGGAAGCAAAAAAUAUCGGCACAUACAUGGGUAUGGGAAUGGCCUUUAUUUCGAUCUCGGGGUUGAUUGGACCUCCCAUCAGCGGCGCAUUGAAUGAUACGAAACUGGGCUAUGAUGCAAUUUCGAUAUUUUCAGGCCUGGCCUCGUUGAUCGGAGGCCUUUUUGUUUUCUUUGCCGUUAAGCCACUGAGCGGUCUUGCGCUUUUGUCUAGGGGGUGA